CAGACAGGAGGGUCUCGGGUCCUGCGUGCUUCGCGGAGGUGCCAUGAGCUGCAUCAGCCUGCCUGCCGUGCUGCCCGGCUCCCCGAGCAAGACCCGGGGACAGAUCCAGGUGAUUCUCGGGCCCAUGUUCUCAGGAAAAAGCUCGGAGCUGAUGAGACGGGUCCGUCGCUUCCAGAUUGCUCAGUACAAGUGCCUGGUCAUCAAAUAUGCCAAAGACACUCGCUACAGCAGCAGCUUCUGCACACAUGACCGGAACACCAUGGAGGCGCUGCCAGCCUGCCUGCUCCGGGAUGUGGCCCAGGAGGCCCUGGGCGUGGCUGUCAUAGGCAUCGAUGAAGGACAGUUUUUCCCCGACAUCGUGGACUUCUGUGAGACCAUGGCCAAUGCCGGGAAGAUCGUGAUCGUGGCUGCACUGGACGGGACCUUCCAGAGGAAGGCUUUCGGGGCCAUCCUGAACCUGGUGCCCCUGGCCGAGAGCGUGGUGAAGCUGACCGCGGUGUGCAUGGAGUGCUUCCGGGAAGCCGCCUACACCAAGAGGCUGGGCACGGAGAAAGAGGUUGAGGUGAUCGGUGGAGCAGAUAAGUACCACUCCGUGUGUCGCCUCUGCUACUUCAAGGCCUCGGGCCAGCCCGCUGGGCCAGACAACAAAGAGAACUGCCCAGUGCUGGGAAGGCCGGGGGAGGCGGCUGCAGCGGCCACCAGGAAGCUCUUUGCCCCUCAGCAGAUCCUGCAGUGCAGCCCUGUCAACUGAGACGGGCCACCUGCUCCCCCUCCUGCUGCCACCUAGCGGACGCCUGCGCCCAGCCUGCUGUGUGGCCCGCUAGGGAGGAAGUCAGGGAGGGCUACCGUGCCUGGGGGACUUUCUGAGGCUGCCCCACACGUCACAUGUCCCUCCUUGCCUGCCCACCGGCCCUGUCUUGGUUCCCUUGCUGGCGCUGGGAUGAUCCGCCCCAGGCUGGAGCUGGCCUACGGCUGGCCCGGGGUCUGUCUGCUGCACACCCACCCCUCCUCCUCUGGGGUGCGGAGCAGAGCCACAUGCUGCUGUGACAUCAGCGCUGCUGGCUUCUUCCCCCUUUGUGGCUUUCACUGUUGAGUUUCUGUUCUCCCUGGGAAGCCUGGGCACCUGCACUUUGAGCCUCAGCCCUCUGCAGGGCCGGCUCGAGCCCUCCUGCUCCCCUUGGGCUCAAAGCACUUCCUACACUCUGCUGGUGGCUUUCUCCAGAACUGCAGCACCUUCCACCUUGGUGGCACUGUCCCUGCUGGGGGCAGGGCCCGUGCUUCUGCUGUAGUGUGUGGAAUUAGUAAUAUUAAAAUUCACUAGCUGGUGAAAGCACAUUUAA